AUGUCGUUUUCUAAGCUACUACGAUAUAAUCAGAGAAACAAUAUGACAACGGCAUCUUUGACCACAGAGCACGCCUUUUCUGAGAACUGGACCACUUCUGCCAUUCUGAGCGAUCCUACCAGUAUUGAUGUUAACAUACCAGCCGAGAUAAGUAGGGUAUUACCACCAUCAAAUGAAUCGUACGAUUCCGUAUUAUCUUCCUUGCCCACUAGAGGCAUGUCAAAGAUGAAUUCCACGGAAUCUUCUGGCGACGACGAAGGCACCCAUUUGCAAAAACUGACAACCUCUUGGCUGGAGAAAAUUGACACGGAAAUGCCCGAAAACAUUUCCAAAAUCGACUCGAAUAUCAUUUCCUCCCCUAUUGUUAAUCAGGUUGAGGCUCGAUUCAUUGUUCACACGGGUAAACUGAGGAAGAACUCCACUGACUUUGCAUCGUCUUUCUCGAACUCCCUAGGUUUUUCCAAAAGUUAUGGCAAGUAUAUUUUUUUCGGCUCUAAGAAAAGCGAAAAUGCCGCCAAGAAGAACCAUUCUAUUGACAGUAAUCAUGGCAGCCACUCUCUCACUGAUCAUGGCCGCAACCUCCCACAAACUUCAGAAACAAUAAUAUGCGACGCUUUCGCCUCCACUUCUGCGGAACAUGAGUACGGGGCCCAUGGCCCGGAUGGGAUGUUCACCACUCGCAUUUAUUCCCUAGAGGGUUCGUUCUCUUCUCUUUCUACAAAUUGUCCUGAGGACACUUAUUCGGAAGCCAUUCACAUAAAUACUAAACAUAUUGAGAAUACCGGUAGCACGACACACUCAAGGAAGUCGUCAUAUACUACUUCAUUAUCAAACAUCAAAAGACUGUUCAAGAGAACAUCUUUGAAUAGCCACUGUAGUGGCUCGUAUGACCACACGAACACAAUCGCUGAUGAUUAUGCCAUUGCAUCAUCUGUGAAUGAAACUACUUCUUCAUGCAUUUCAUCCGGAUCAUUGUCUGCCAUGAGUGAAAAUGAAGAUAACGAUAGAGACCAAAUCGUACAAACUUUAUACAACAACAUUGAUGCGUCCACUGAUUUAGUGUCUAAGAAAUACAAAGAUCUAAACGUUAUUCUGGGUGAAGGUUCGGGUGGUAAGGUGAAACUUGUUCAAAGGGUCGUGGAUAACAAAGUUUUCGCACUAAAGGAGUACCGUUCUAAAAACAAAAAAGAAUCUGAAAGGAAGUACAUUAAAAAGAUAAUUUCUGAAUUUUGCAUCGCUUCCACUUUGAAAAAUCCGAAUAUUUGCGAAACAUUAGAAAUACUGUACGAAAAUGGUAAAAUCUUCCAAAUCCUAGAAUACUGUGAAUAUGAUUUAUUUGCUUUGGUUAUGAGUGAAAAAAUGCAAUAUGAUGAAAUAUGCUGCCUUUUUAAGCAACUGAUCAGCGGUGUAAAAUAUCUGCACGACAUCGGCCUUUCUCAUCGUGACUUGAAACUAGACAACUGUGUUGUGACACAAAAGGGGAUUUUGAAAUUGAUCGAUUUUGGUGCCUCUAGUGUCUUCCAUUAUCCACUAUCUUCUCAGCUCAUUGAAGCGCACGGCAUUGUCGGUAGUGACCCAUACUUGUCACCUGAGGUUUUUUAUUUCGAAAAGUACGAUCCCAGAGCGCUAGACGUUUGGGCUAUCGGGAUAAUGUUCUUCUGCAUGAUCACCAGGAGAUUUCCUUGGAAGUAUCCCAAAGUGAAAGAUCUUCAAUUCAGAGCAUUUUGUUCCGGAAGAGGGGCGACAUCUUUUAAAGACCUAGUGACAAGACCCGCCACCGGUGACAACAAUCAAUAUAAUGAUGGUUACGAAGAAGACGUUAUUGAUAUGGGCCCUAAUUUCCUUCUACACAGACUACCGGAAGAGAGCCACAACAUAAUGAGGCAGAUACUGGAUAUUUCGCCCUUCAGAAGAAUUACUGUAAACGGAAUCCUGCAAGAUGACUGGAUCAAAGAAAUAGAAAUGUGCCAAGUAGUGGGUGCAGAAAUCCCAACGGAUGCGUCACCUCGAAUUAUAAACAAAGAAAACCAUAUCCAUACGAACAUCGACCAACGAUACGCCCAUAUCGGCGGAAUGCAUGAACGAACAUGA